ACUUGGCAAGCUUUGGGAAAUCGACAGGCCUCAGCAGGAUGAUGGAAUACAUGACUGAGAAAUUCUCCAUGAAGAGUCAAGUCAUGAAGAGCGGUGAUUAUUACAUGGGAUCGAGCGGAGCGCUGGACCAGGUCAUGGAGAACUUGGAUAGCGUGCAGUACUACAGCAAUAAGAACUCGUCAAAGUGCGUGCAAUCCUUCAGUCUACAAAGCAGUGACCCUCACGCAAGACUGGAUCGAACGUCUCCAUGUGAUGACCAAAAUGCAAAUUAUGGUGUCCAAAAACCCGAGGAUGAUAGCCUGCAUACGGAUCUGGGAAGGCCAAUGGAGAAUUGUUGCAAUUUGAGAGCGUCCCCAGUAACGCCAGUGCAAGAGAAAACGGACUUGGACGACAUUGGCGAAAAGUGUGACAGCAACGUGAGCAGCAGUAAGAAGAGGCGACACAGAACUACCUUCACUAGCACACAACUAGAGGAGUUGGAGAAAGUUUUCCAGAAAACCCACUAUCCGGAUGUGUAUGUCAGAGAACAGCUGGCGAUGCGGACAGAACUCACAGAGGCGAGAGUUCAGGUAUGGUUUCAAAACAGAAGAGCCAAGUGGAGAAAACGAGAACGUUACGGGCAGAUCCAGCAAGCGAAAAGCCACUUUGCGGCCACGUAUGACAUAUCAGUACUACCCCGCACCGACAGCUAUUCACAGAUUCCUAACAAUUUGUGGGCGGGACCAAGCCCCGGCGGCUCCAUGGUGUCUUCCUGCAUGAUCCCACGAGGCUCCCCCCCCUGCAUGACCUCAUAUCCUCACUCCCCCCGUGGAGAGCACAGCUAUGUGGGGUUCCCCAACCAGCAGAAUCAGUUUGGCCAUGUCUCCCUCAACAACUUCUUCACUGACUCCCUCCUCACCCCGCCCCCCAACGGGCACGCCUUUGAGACAAAGCCUGAAUUCGAGAGGCGCUCAUCGAGCAUCGCCGUCCUGCGGAUGAAGGCGAAAGAGCACACGGCCAACAUCUCCUGGACGAUGUGAACGAGGUGCGACGAAAAAUAACCCCAUUACGUUAACGGUUGAUUAAUUAUUGUGUUAAUAACAACAAAAACAACAACAACAACAACAUGGUACAGAGAGUGUCUUGUUAUAAUAAUAAUAAUAAUAAUAAUAAUAAUAAUAAUAUUUUACUUGUUCAAGUAAAUCAAAGCUCUGUAGGAAGACGUACC